ACUGAUUCUACAGUGCGCCUUAAGCCUUUGUUCUGUUUCUUGAAGCUUGGAAUUCAGUUGGCUUCUGGAUGUUGGCUGACUUAAGCGAGAUUUCACUUCACUUUACUUUUGGGACUGUCCCGUACCCCUUCCUUAUCAAAAGAUGAAAAGGUGACCGCACCUCGCUUUACAGAUCGUCAUCAAGUUGCCGGCUAUCUUCCUCACCUCUGAACCAAACACUUUCCCAACCCCCACCUGCACAACAAUUCAACCACAACAUCUUUCACCACAGCCAGUUCAAGAACCAAACAGUCACUCAAAAUGGGUCCCCGAGGUUCUGUAUGGAACCACGAGUCGGAUAAAGACCUCUUGCUUACAAUCAUCGCGGGUCGCAAGCUCGAGGGCAUCAACUGGAAGGAUGUCGCCGACGAGAUGACCAAAGCCGGUUAUACCUUCACCCAAGAGGCUUGUCGGUAUGUAGGAUGCAUUCUCAUCGUUGCUUAUUACUUUAUUUCAGCAAAGAGAUUUUGAAAAUGAGGUUCUUCUGAUACUCGUCAACUCUAUCAUAAUCUUGCAGAGGAGCAAGCAUUAGGUAGCAGCCUCUGUACAGGAGAAAUCCUGUAACAUAGAGCGAAGACCUGCAGAAAUCUUAGCAAACUGGUCGAAGUCACUUUUAGUCUUGCGGUUAUCUCAUUGUAUACCGAUACUUGCAUCUUGUUUCCCUCUUCCUCUCUUCCCCUCUUAUCCCCCUCCUCUCGUCUCUAUCCCCGUUUCCCCAGCCAGCCACCAAAUAAAUCUGCACAUCUUCGCAUGAAUCUACUACUGACGUUUGUGCAGCCAACACUUCCAAAAGAUUCGUCGAGGAUCCAAGGCACCACGCAAGGAGAAAGGAGCAUCUGCUGCUGCAACUCCAACUAAGCGCAAGGCUACCUCCACCCAAAACACCCCAGCCAAAUCAAGCUCCCAAGCCCAUAACAACGAAGAUGACGAAGAUGACGAGGCAUUCGGUGACGGAACACCCUCCAAGAAGCCGAAAUUGAAGAAAGAGAACCCAUAUGCUCGAGGAGCUGCUUUCAAGAUUGAGGAAAAUGAGGACGAGAUGGGAAACAGUGGUUUCUCCUUUUCGCAAGACGUUAUCGACCUUGAUGACGAGUAAGUCACCUACUCUCUCAAAACGGCCCUUCAACCAAAUCCAUUAAACGAUAGCUAAUGAUUCCUCCUACAGUGAUUAUAAUGACGGCUACGAAUGAAUCUCCGCAGCAUGCAGUCCGUCGUUCCUCUGCCUCCUGCUCGUGUGCGACUUUUAUGGCUGUAACGGAGCGGAGCGGUACUCAGGUUUGAUGGGGAGAAAUCUGGUUUUGAAGUUAUGCUUUCAAUCCUUU